AUGCCAAAUAUAAAAGCUCCGUUCAGUGGGAUUAUUAAAGACUUUAAAGGAAGAAAAGCAUGUUACAAGCAAGACUGGACUGAUGCAACUAAUUUGGGCACCAGGAUUUUGGCUCCAAACGCCUAUAUCUUCUUUGCAUCUGCUCUUCCUGUCAUUGCUUUUGGAGAACAGCUUCAUAGUCAAGCAGAUGGACACCUGAGCACGGUAGAGACUUUGGCUUAUACUGCAAUAUGUGGCAUAAUACAUUCAAUAUUUGGCGAUCAACCUUUGCUGAUAUUGGGAGUUGCGGAGCCCACAGUUAUCAUGUACACUUAUUUGUACAAUUUCGCCAAAAACAAGGCAGAUCUUGGACGAAGGCUAUACUUGGCUUGGGUUGGAUGGAAAUCUACCUCUCCCUAUUUCCAAGCGGUUUGUGUCUGGACAGCGCUCCUGCUCUUUCUUCUUGCUGUUUCCAAUGCUUGCAAUAUCGUCAAUAGAUUUACAAGAAUCACGGGGGAACUUUUUGGCAUAUUGAUUGCUGUUUUUUUCACGCAACAGGCUAUUGAGGGCAUGGCCAGCGAAUUUGGAGUACCCAAAGAUGAAGAUCCAACUCUGGAGAAGUAUAAUUUCCAGUGGCUAUAUGACAAUGGGUUGCUAGCAAUCAUAUUCUCCUUUGGCAUACUCUUUACUGCUCUAGCGAGCAGAAGAGCGAGGUCAUGGAAGUAUGGCACAGGAUGGUUACGAGCUAUGAUUGCUGACUUUGGGGUUCCUCUUAUGGUGUUAGCAUGGUCAGCAUUGUCAUUCAGUGUACCCAAAAAAAUUCCUUCAGGAAUUCCCAGGAGGCUCGUUACUCCUCUUCUUUGGGAGUCUGCUUCGCCUUCUUGGCACCACUGGAUGGUCAUCAAGGAUAUGGGAAAGGUCCCUGCUGUGUAUAUCUUUGCUGCCAUUGUUCCUGCUUUGAUGAUUGCUAGUCUUUAUUUUUUUGACCAUAGCGUUGCUUCACAAAUGGCACAACAGAAGGAAUUCAAUCUCAAGAAGCCAUCUUCUUACCAUUAUGACAUCCUAUUGCUUGGAGCUAUGGCAGAUAAUUGCAGUGAUGAACUAAGAGACUCAACUUAUGAAACACCAAGCUACCUUAAGAGGCUUGAUCAUGAGCCUGAUUCAUGGCUCAAUGCCUGA